UGGUUGAUGCAGAGGCAAUUGGUGCGGUCAAAUCGUCCGUGACCGAUGAGCCGCUCCAAUUGACCCCCGAGACGCUGCCCGCCACUACUGGAACGGAAACCUCCCUCCCCGAGCGCCCGAAGGAGACGGUUACAGACACCUUCGAUGCCCAUGCCAAACGACCAUACGAGAGCAGCCUGACCGCCAAGGACGACGAAUUACCCCACAAGAUGGUUAAGGUGGACGAUACCGUUGCGGCUGCGGGUGCAACCUCGGGUCAUGUUGCUGAGACGGGAUCCUUGGCCAGGAAACCGGACGUUCCUGCAGAGACGGGGAGCGUGCAGCCUCAGAUUGUGCCGGGUCUUGGUGCAGACCCGAACGACUAUGUGUCAACUGUCCUGAAUGUCCCUGGUCUCUCUCCCGCAGAGGAGAAGUCCACGGUCCCAGCGACCCCUGAGGCACCGGCUGUUCCUGCCUCUAGCAUUCCUACUGAGCCCAAGGGCGCAGAGGACAUUGCCCCAACGGGCGCCCCUACCUCUGAUGCCAACGCUGAUGCUACUGAGAAACCCAAGGACUCGGAAAUAUCCAAGGCAGAGGAUGAGACAGUCGCCACUGAACCCAAGGGCGCAGAGGACAUUGCUCCAACAGGAGCCCCUACGUCGGCCGGCAAAUUUGAUGUUGCUGAGCAGUCCAAAGACUCGGAAAUAUCUAAGGCAGAGGAGAUGGUCACGAGCGAGCCUCCCACCAUCGUUGCGCCAGCCGUUGUUAGCGAACCGGAGGCUCCGUCUCCCACUGAACUGACCACCGCCGCAGCUCCUUCGGAGGUUCCUGGCACAGAGACGGCGGCUCCUUCUGGCGCGACUGCUCCUUCAGAGCCCGUCGAGACCGCCCAGGCCGCAUCGGCAUCCGCCACCACCGGUACUGGCAGUGCAACCUCUGCUCCCCCUCCUGCCGAACCAGCCCUUAAGGUUCCCUCCAGCAUUCACGACGGUCCCGACUCGAAGGUUACUUCCGCGAACCAGCCUGCUGCCGACCAAGCCGUGUCCAACGUGGGGCAGGAAGCCCAGGGCGCGUCCGACAACACCCAGGUUCCUGUGAAGGAGACCAUCCCCGAAGAGAGUAAACCGGCCGCCGAAGUGCAGGAGGGCACUGCAGCCGUCAAGAACCAGCUCCCCGAGAGUCAGCCUGCUGCCAAGGAGGCACAGGAAACAGGUGGCAGCACCGCAAAGCAGCCGGAGGAGAUCCAGAAGCCCGAGGAAGCCAAGACCAAGGAGCCCCGUGCCGUACAGGAUGCUCAGGAGGAAAGUGCUGCUCCGGCCAACAAGCAGGAGGAGCUGAAGUCGGAAGACAUCAAGAAACCGGAAGAGGCCAAGACAAAGGAACCUCAGGCCGCACAGGCAGCCCCAGCCGGUACCGUCAGCAAGCCCGAGGAGGGCAAGAGUCUUGCCGACCAGGCCCAGGAGACCGUGACGAACGAAGCCAGCAAGGCGCAAGAUCAGGCGCAAGAAAGUGCCAAGGCCGAGGCUGCCAAGCUGGAGAAGCGGAAAAGUGGUUUCUUCGGAUGGUUCAAGCGUAAGCUCAAGGGCGAAAAAGCCUAACGGGAGUCACCGAGUGAUAAUCUUUGGUUCCCGUUUUGUUUUUAUUUUGGCUAUUUGAUGGAUGGGAUGGAAAGCCCACGGAGACCCUAAUUCCUGAUACCCACGGACCCAAGAGGGUUGGUUGAAGAGAGAAAACCGAAAACGACGAAAAA